AUGGUACUAUUUGUUACACGCUCAAAUUGGCGACAAACAUCAACAAGCUUACGUUCAUUAAUUGAACCGCGAACUGGGAAACUUCAUGCAGAAGAUAAUAAAAUAGAACAAACUAAAGCUUCAAUUACAAAUCAGAAAUCAAGAAAAAAUUUUACAGAUUCUGAUGUUGAAGAAUCUAGUGACGGAUUUAAUAACGAUGAAAUAAUUCCAUUCAAUUAA